CUACUUCCUGUAGAAGAAGCUCAGUCAGCUGUCACAAUCCGAGGAGCGAGACGAGGGCUCACAGGCCGAGAGACGCGCACACGCCAAAAUGUCCAGUUUCAACAGCAAGUUUGACGCUUACUCGAUGACUCAACUCAACGAAUUUCUAGAGGACGACGAAAAACUCUCCAAAAUGGUCCAGGAGAUGGACGAGAUGCAGGAGGUGCAGCAGAGCAAGGCGACGACGCUGGUCGGCAACAGAACCCUGGCGGAGCAGAACCUGGCCCUGCAGCCCAGACUGGAUCACAAGAAGGAGGAGCUCACCAAGCGCUACAACGCCCUCCAGGAGGACUUUGAGUCCUACCAGCUCCACAAAUCCACCCUAGAUCACAAGUCUGGAAACAUCUCCCUGGACAUCUUGCUGGCCCUGCUGCAGGCGGAGGGGGCCAAAAUAGAGGAAGAGACGGAGAACAUGGCUGAGUCGUUCCUGGAUGGCGACAUGACCCUGGAGUCCUUUGUCGACGGAUACCAGAGCAACAGGAAGCUGGCCCACUUGAGACGGGUGAAGAUCGAGAAGCUGCAGGAGAUGGUGCUGAACGGCCACCGGCUCCCCCAGGCGUCCGUCCCCAACUCCCGAUCUCAGGAUGUGUCGGCGGGAAGACUCCCCUCCGCCUCCUCCUUCCUCAGCGAGGCCGACGGCUCAUCCCCCGUGGCCCAGCCCAGGAGGAAACCCCCACUCCCGCCGUCGCAGCCGGCGCCGGUUCUAAAUCCCAUUCCUGCUGCCACCGCCCCCCAGCCUCCCCAAGCCUUGUACACGGUGUCGCCGUACCCACCGAUCCCUCCCAGGACUGGCCAGGUCUUCCCCAACGUCCCCACCGGCUACCCAAACCACUUCCUGUCCCAGUACCCGCCCGCUGUGCCUCAGCGGGCCCCGCCCCGCAUGGCCCCGCAGCCCGGCUUCAUCAUGCAGUAGGUAAACAAAGGCAACUGCCGCUGCAAGAGGAGUGUGCGUCGCAGACUAUCCACUACCAGAACUCCACGAGAACAAUAUAUACAUCUUUUUUUUUUUCUACAACUGCGGCCUCUCUUGGAAUACAGCCAAUUGGAAGGCGAGAGGGCGGACCCCGCAUCGGCAGGCCGGGUCGUGUUCGGCUAAUCCGAUAAUCUGUGUGGAUCCGCUAUCACCUCUCGCUCCUGUUAACACUCCCAACAAAGAAACGGACAACGAAUACAAGAAGGUGCGGGAUCGGUCCGGGCGCAGGCUGUCUGAGCUGGGACCACUCUGUCCCCUGCUGGUGCUCACCCAUCUCUCCACACCCCCUUGUUUUAAAAGGGUUCGAUUAGUGAUUUCCAUCCAUGCAUACCUACUCACAGGUAAUUCAAAUGCAAGCAAAGAGACCCUAAUUACUGUGCAGUAAUCCCAAAACGCAUUCAGGUGAAAGCUGCAUCACAGGCUGUGACUUUAAUAUUUAAAAUUCACUUGGUACGUGGAGAUAUUCGGGUGCCGGUGUCUGUUUUACCAUAUACUACUAACGAUUAACUGGUGUAUAGAAAGGAAAGGCUGUGGUUGGCACGUCUCCUCUCUGACAUGCAGACGCUUCCUCUAGAAAGAGAAAGGCCGGAGCUGCCCAGGCCCAAGAUGGCCGACUGACCGGCUCGUCUCGGUGGCGGAAGUUUAAAAAAAGGGAGUCGACUGAGAGGAUGACCUUUUGUGACAAAUGACUGGGCGCCGUUGCCUGAAAUGAAGGAUUUUUUUGUUGUCUUUUCUUGUAUAGCCAUACAGUACACUGGUUUGUUUUUCUGUAGGUUCCCGUUGUAAUGAAACGCCCUUUUUUUGAUACAAUGACUGUUGUCUUAAAUCAUCCUCAAUCGAGAUCUGAAAUCACUGCAAACAUUCUUGUGAGUUUCACACUUGCGCACCAAAGACUCUGUGUUCAACAGUUAUCUUGUUUUUUUUUAUUAUGCAAGUGAAACAUGUUGUGAACUAGUGCAGCAUCGUCCCCGUCGAGCUCAAACACAGUUUUGUAAACACGCAAGGGACAUUUCUCUUCUCGAGGAACUUGCGAGGUCAACCAGGCUUUGGGAGGAACCAUUUUACUUUAUUUUCUCUGGUGUGAUCAAAAAAACAAAAACACACAACCGUCAAGCAACACACAUUUUGUUUCUUGGUUUAUCUCCUCCCAGCCGGUGUCGCUGUGCACUGAUGAAGAGCCACGAGUGCCUACACUUGAAGUGACGUCGAUGGCGUCCGGCUGACGAACCCUGCAGUCUUUCUCUAUGAUCAGCUGUUGGGGUUAGCACGACCCCCCCACCCCUCUCCUCCCCCCACUCCUCCCUCCCACCCGAGCUGUUGGUCCUCUCCUCCUGCUGCUGACUUCCAUUUCCGCCAGAUGGUCGGAAGCCAGCUGACUGGUGGUUGUCGGGACUUCGCUUUCCCAACUAGAAGCAGAGAAACAGCGACGCCAACCCCCCCCUACCCCCCCCCGCAUGUCUUGUCGCUGUUUUUUUUUUUAAUUGCGGGAAUAAAGGCCCUGAAAUGUGUCGGGUCACGUCUCAAAGCAGAGAAUCGGACCGCAGGACAAACGAAGCACACCAGAAGAACAGAUGUCUGAAGCUAAAAACAUCAAGAUUGCGAUUUCUUUUGAUAAAAAAAAAAAAACUAACUAUGGAUAAUUGUGUGCAUGGCCUUUGCUCUUUGUUUUAGUCCAGUCUGAUUCUUUUAUAGUUUUUUCUUUAGCUGUUGAGCUGCUCCCUGUGUUCAAACUGCUCCUCUCUCCAUGGUUCUAUAUGUGGUUGGUAAUGUUUUUAGUGUAAUAUUGUAGUAUUUACUUCAGAUGAAUGUUUCAGUGGAAUUUAAUGCUAUUUUCCAGUUCAAUAAAUCUCAGAUUUUUGUAUCUGCUUUGA